AUGACGAGAAUAAAAAGUCCCCCACGCCGACCAGGUCUUGCUGCUUUUGGGUCCGCAUGUGCCCGCUGCCCGCCUAUCAAGUACAUCCUUGCCUUCUUCAAGUGGCUCUUUCUUUCCAAAGCUGAAUACGAAGUUCUCAAGCAAGCCAAAGAUCUCUACAAGACGGUGAAUGUUGAGACUGGAUGUUGUUCCGACUUCCCGUACAAGCACUUGUCCAAGAUGGAGAGAAUGUACCUGCACAGUAUUCUAAAAGACCAAGCAAGAUGGGGCAGUGAGAAGAAGUUCAUCAAAACAUUCCAAGAUCAUAUCGUGGCCAUGCAGAUGGAGGAAAGUGACGGUGGCGAGAAGGUGACAGAAGGAGAGUUCUGCAAUGCCGUUCUCUAUGCUGUCAUCGAGUACAUGAAGAAGAUCGUUAAGAAGAUGAGCAAGGAGAUCAAGAAGGAGUAA